AUGUCGCCAUCCACAUCUCCCGCCGGCAAGCGCAAGCGCAGCGCCUCCCACCUACCCGCGCCCAUUCCCAAGAACGUCACAGCCGACCUCCAGCCAUCCUCGCGCGACGCGUCCGGCGAAGAAGGCGGCGACGACUCAACAGGACCCAAUUCCAAUGCUGAGACCGCCAAUGCCACCCGUCACUCUGCGAAGCGAGUCCGAAAGUCUUCCGCCGCGGAUGCCGCUGCAAGUCACAGUGAAGUGAACGGCUCCGAGCCCGCCAUUAACAAAGAGGACCCCGGCGAGCCAUCUGAGACAACUGUCGCCAGCAGCGAUAUUGAGAGUGGAACCCGGUCGCGCCCCGGAUUGCACAUCGAUCUGCCCAACGACCAACCUGUGGUGGAGGAGCAAAUGGCGCCGCCGGUCUUCGGCCGCUUGCAGGAUCCUGUCGGUUAUCACACUAACCCUCCGCCCACUGGCCGACCGGUGCGUGUGUAUGCGGACGGUGUCUUUGAUUUGUUCCAUCUUGGUCACAUGAGACAGCUCGAGCAGGCUAAGAAGGCUUUCCCCGAUACUUAUCUGAUUGUCGGUGUCACCGGCGACGAGGAGACACACUUGCGCAAGGGCCUGACGGUGCUGAGCGGUGCUGAGCGCGCUGAGACUAUUCGUCACUGCAAGUGGGUCGAUGAGGUUAUUCCAUGCUGCCCUUGGAUUGUCACACCGGAGUUCCUGUCUGAGCACAAGAUUGACUAUGUUGCUCACGAUGAUCUGCCCUACGAGGCUGCUGAGGGCGAUGACAUCUACCAGCCGAUCAAGAAGCAGGGCAAGUUCCUGGUAACUCAACGGACGGAGGGCGUUAGCACCACGGGAAUCAUCACACGGAUCGUCCGCGACUACGAUCAAUACAUCUCUCGCCAAUUUAAGCGUGGCGCCUCCCGCCAAGAACUGAACGUGUCAUGGCUGAAGAAGAACGAGCUCGAGAUCAAGCGCCACGUCGUGGACCUGCGCGACAACAUUCGCAACAACUGGACAAUGACUGGUCAAGAACUUGGCCGUGAACUGCGCCAGAUUUGGCAGAACAGUCGACCCAACAGCCCCGCUCCUACUGCGCGCAACAGCAUGGAUUGGGGCGUGCGUGGACCUCUCGCUAGCCCGCCUGGCGGCGGCAAGUCACACCUUUCGCGUGUUGGCGGAGAAGUGCCCACUCGUCCAGAUAGCCCUAUGGGCUCACGCCGGAACGAGGACUUCGCCACUGGGUAUAGUCUUGGAUUGAUUGGGGGUGUGCGUGCUUGGAUGGCCCGCAGCCGUCAAUCCCUCCAGGAACCGCCCAGUGGAAUGCACAGUCCCACCGACGAAGACCCGGAAUCUGAGCACACCCACGGCUACGAGGAAGAAGUGCGUGGCCGUGCUGGUCACGUCUCUGCACAGUAA